AUGAACUCCAUGGAUUCAUCGCAAACUGAUGAGCUGGUACAUGUACUAACAACAGGGAUGGAAAUGGAAGGCUUUGUAGAAAAGAAUCCAAACUCGUUUCAGACAUAUGAUUGUAGUCUUAUUUCAAGGUUUUUCAACGACGAACCAGAUCCGAAAUCAAUCGAAGAAUAUCUACGAGAUUCUUCUACUGUUGACAACUUUGGUUCCGGGUUGGAUCAAUCUGAAUCCAACAAUGGAACUCGUUCUACAGGUACUGAGUUAAGUGGUGAGUCUUCCAAAGACAUUGUUGCGGUGGAUCCUGAUAGUUCUGAAUAUACUACUGCUAAAAAAACUUCAAAAUACAAAGGGGUUUCAAGGCACAGAUGGACGGGUAAAUUUGAAGCACAUCUAUGGGAUAACAACGGUAAACAAGAGGGUCGUGCCAGGAAAGGCCGUCAAGGUGGGUUUGACGAUGAAGAAAAUGCAGGAAGGGCUUAUGAUUUGGCAGCAUUGAAGUACUGGGGACCAACAGCUACCACAAACUUUCCUGUUUCUGAUUAUGCUAAGGAAUUGGAGGAGAUGAAACAUGAAGGAAAGCGAGAAUUUAUUACUAAACUGCGAAGGAAAAGCAAUGGUUUUGCUAGGGGAACUUCCAAAUAUAGGGGAGUCACAAGGCACCACUACCAUGGUAAGUGGCAGGCAAGAAUCGGACGAGUUUCCGGAAACAAAGAUCUAUACUUGGGAACAUUCGAAGCCGAAGAGGAAGCCGCAGAGGCUUACGAUAUUGCAGCUCUAAAAUAUAGAGGUGCAAAUGCUGUAACAAAUUUUGAGGCGAGUCGAUAUGAUAUGGAAGCUAUAUUGAAGAAUCCUCUUCCAAUUGCUCGAGCAACAAAACGCUUAAGACGUUCUCGAGAAUCAAAAAAGAAUGCUCCUGUGAUUAGUAAUGAUCAACCUCAAUGCACAAAUCUGAAUAGCAGCAACUUUCAGUCAAUUGCUUCAUUACCCUAUGAUCCUUUCCACCAUUUUCAUCCUCCCACCAAUACAGAAAUUGGCACAGUACAGUCUGCUGAAACUGCAACCAAUGCAGGCACAAUACUCACAGGCAAUGCCACCAGAUUCUGA